GUAAUUUAAUUCAAGCCAAACCAUUUCUUUUACUUUUGUGAAGAAAAAGCUGAAUUCAAUGCCUGUUUUUUUAAAUAUUUUCCUACUGAAAUGGAACUUCUCUCUGUAAAAGUGAAAAAAGGAAGGUUGGAUAAAAUGACUGAUGCAUCCAAAACCUAUGUUGUUUUAAAAGUCCAAAAUUUGACAAGCACUACCAUUGAUAGACGAGGAAGUGAGCCUUGCUGGGAGCAAGACUUCAUGUUUGAAAUCUGUGCUGAUGGAAAGGGCUUCAUUGUAGAGCUGUGGAAGAAAGGCUUGCUCUGGGAUAGCAUUUUGGGAGUUUUAUGGAUUCCCCUUGCAACUGUGGAAUAUGCAACAGAUGCCCAGGUUCCUGGUGGACAUUGCAUUCUGAAGUAGUAAAAAAUGGAAGUG